AUGACGGGAAAGAAGAGCGGGUUAGUGCAGCAACUGAAACAGGAAGUCCCCACACUCCUGAGCACUCACUGUAUCGCCCAUCGUCUGGCCCUUGCCAGUGGUAAGGCUGCAGACACUAUGCCAUACUUGCUAAAAUUCGAGAAACUUGUUAAAAGUAUUUAUAGAUAUUUUGACAAUUCUCCCAAGAACAUGUCCCGUCUGGAAAGUGCAAUAUUGGAAGAAUCCAGUGACUGUGUCCGCUUUAAGCAAGUGUUUCACACCAGGUGGCUGAUUUUUGAGGGCUGUGUUAGAGCCAUUUGUGAGAAUUAUAGUCCCCUCAUUAGUGUGUUGGCUGAGGAUAAGGGAGCUAAGGCUCCGGGUCUUAUGAAGAGCAUACCCACAUAUAAGUUUGUUUACACAUCACACUUUCUGGCAGAUGUUUUGAAGCAAUUGGGCAUCUUGUGCAAGACUUUCCAAUCAAGCUCUAUUGACUUCACCAGUGUCUCUUCGUGCUUGGAAGUCACUGUUGGUGAAGUCAAGAGGCUGACUGAGUCAAAGCAAGGCAAGAUGUGUUUCAAAGCAGCUGUUCCAGACAGCGUUGAUAGCUCUGGUGAGAGUGAGUAUAAGGGCAAUGUAAUUAAGGAUAGUGAGAAGCAGAGAGUGGAGGCAGAGAGGGCAUGUGAGCAGUUUGGGGAGAGAGUGUUGGUGAACUUGGAGGAGAGAUUUGCAGAUGUGGGUGACAGUAAAAUUUUGAGAGGCUUUUGCGGUAUAUUUGAUCCGUCUGUUUUUGUGAGAGAGGGUGGGGUUUUAGAGGAGUGUAUUAGGACUGUGAGUCAGCAUUUGGGUGAGGAAGAUUUACGAGAGGAGUACAUGCGCUUCAGGGGUGAGGUUAUAGAAUGUUUUGCAAGGGUGGCAAAUGAUGCGAACAGUGUGUGUCAGUUGGCCCUUAGAAAGAGAGAUAUGUAUGAAUGUGUGGUUGAUGCAGCUUACAGACUAUUGUGCAUCCCUGUGUCGAGUGUAGAGUGUGAGAGAGGGUUUAGUGUACAGAACUUGAUAAAAACCAAACUUAGGAACAGACUUGAUACAAGAUCUUUUUAUUUAUUGAUGAGAUUUCAAAUUGAUGGUGGUCCAAAGCAUUCAUUUGAUUUUGCAGCUGCAUAUGGUAAAUGGAAGAACAUGAAAAGCAGGAGAAUCUGA